AUGGAGGCCCUCCAGCCUCACGCUGGGGGCCAGGCUCCUUCAUCUCCAUCUUUUCUCCGCAAGUCCUUUGCUGCUUUAUUUUCAAGCAAUGUAGCCACGCCUUCGCUGUCCGUUCAGGCGACUCCCUCCACCCACAAAGGGGAGCCUGCGUUGAUAUUCUCGCAAAUAGCCAUGGAAAAGCUUGCUGCCCCAUAUCGACUUGCAUUGGUGGGCAAGUUCUCAAGGGGUAGACCGAAGCUAGAGGAUGUACGUGGUUUUUUGCGCAAGUUAGACUUGCGUGACCCAGCAACUGUGGGCUUGUUGGACGCAUGCCAUGUGCUGCUGCAGUUCCAUUCGGAUGCUGAUUUUCACAGAGUGUGGGCAAGGGGGAUUUGGUACGUUCAUGGACAUCCGAUGAGGGUCUUUAAAUGGACUCCAUCGUUUCAUGUAGAUCGUGAGCCAUCUGUUGUCCCGGUGUGGUUCCAGGUGCCCAAGCUGCCCUUGCAUUUGUUCCAUAAGGAAACGUUGUUCCAAAUUGCUGAGAUGGUGGGCGUGCCUCUGUUAGUUGAUGCGGCAACUUUGGCGGUUUCCAGACCUAGCGUUGCUAGGGUCUGCGUGGAGGUGGACUUGAUGAAGCAAAGGCCUUCAAGGGGGUACACGGAGGUGGGUUGCCAUGUGUUGUACCCAGCAUUGAAGCCUGUCAAAGUGGGGGGAGACGGGGAGAGGCCUGGACAGCCUGCUGAAGGGGGUAUUAAGCCCAGGCAGAGGCAGCGCGAGGGGGUGCAAGAUGGCACAGCGCUGGCUGCAAAUUCAGCAGCAGUUGAGGAGGCCGCAGCGACGAAGGUGUCCAGCUUGGAGCCUUCGAGCGGGACGGCAGCGCUGGUGGAGCCUCAAGCUAUGGUUGGUGUUAUGGUGUCCACAUCCCAAUCUGCUAGUGCUACGGCUGCGUUGGCUGAGCCGCAGACAGUGGUAGCGGUCGAGGUUGCUGAGCAACUUUCUGCGGAGGUGGUGGUGUUGGCUGAGAAGGAGUUGAACCAUGAGCAGGAGUUCGGCGGUAAUGGUGCAGUAGCGGUUGAAGGAUUUGAGGUGGUGUUGGUGGGAGGGCAGGAUUUGAGCAAGGAGGAAGAUGAUUACGGUAAUGAUGUGCGCAUGGGAUCAGCGGAACGGCGACCAACAGAGGCUCACAUGGAUUCUAAAGAUGUCUUGGCAGAAGAGGAAGAGCUUCGUGAGUUGCAGGAGCGGGUGGGUAAUCUUUCACCAAGAGGUGACUCUCACAUGGUGCCUAACGUACUAUCUUCGCUGGUAAGUGACCAUCAGUUGGGUGCACUGAACCUGGAGCCUAACGAAUUAUCUCUGGUGCGGCAAGAUGAGCGGCAGAAGAAAGUAUCUUUGGUGGCGAUUUGUGAACCUAAGACAUCCCUACUGAACCUGGAUUCUAUCCGUGUGAAGGUGGGAAUGGACUUAGCUGUUGCAAAUCAAUCAGGUAGUGUUUGGAUUUUGUACAAUUCGUCGUUUGAUUGCUAUACAAUAGGAGAAUCGGAGCAGCACAUCACGCUGCGCGUGAUUUCCCAAUUAUUGCCUGAGAAGAUAUACUUUUCAUUCGUUCAUGCAAAGUACAUUGCCCAGGAGAGGGAAGGGCUAUGGGGAGAGCUUUUGCGAGAGAAGCAGGAGGUUAAGCCCUAG